UGGGAGGUAACUCUACUCACAAACUCGCAAUGGCUGAUGAUGCUGGACUGGGCCUCCGCGAUAAAUCCCAAGAUAAUACUAGAUCAGGUUUUGAGAAAAGGGAAAAGAGAAGACGAAUCAGAAAACUCCAAGAUGCUAUUUCUCAAAACCAGAUCAACAUUGUACAACAGAUGAUGGAGGAAGAUUUCGAUGUGGAUUUCCAGUAUCGUGGCCAGACAGCCUUGCAGUUGGCAGUAAAGGAGGGCUUAUAUGACAUGUGUGUGCUUCUAAUUAUUAAAGGAGCUGAUGUGAACAAGAUAGACUCGGACAUGAACAGUCUCCUCAAUAUAGCUUCAUGGCGAGGAUUUGAUGACAUAGUGGAAUUGUUGAUACAAAACAAAGCAGAUGUUGACUCUCAGAAUGACCUUGGAUGCACACCACUUAAUACAUGUGCUUAUAAAGGUCAUGCAUAUAUCUGUAGUCUUUUGUUAAAAGCUGGAUCUGAUUCUAACAUACAGAACUCACAUGGUCAAACUCCACUCCACACAGCAGCCAAACAAAGACAUGUAGAGAUCGUAGACUUGUUGAAGAGUUCUUCCUGUAACAUGAACCCAGGAGAUGAGAACAGGAAAACCCCAAUGAUAUGGGCCGCUGAUCUGGGGUUCACAGACAUAGUAGAAUCUCUUUUAUCAGGAGGUGCAGACCCUGACAAGCAGGAUAACUUGGGAAGGACAGCUCUCUACUGUGCUGCCUCACAAGGUUAUUUAGAGGUCACACAAGUACUCAUCAAAAGAAAGGCCAACCUGAACCUCCAAACUACCAAAGGCUGCACACCCUUGUUAGAUGCCAUAGGAAGUUCUUGUUCAGGUUCCCUUGACAUAGCCAGGCUGCUCAUCAGUUCAGGGUGUGAUGUGAAUUUAGCAGAUCGGCAGAGUCAGGCUCCCAUACAUGUUGCUGUCCGUCAGGUUUCCCAAAUGUUUGGGUCUCCGACUGAGAAUGCCUUGGCCUUGGUGAAGAUUUUGGUGAGUGGGAAGUGUGAUGUGAACCAGCCCGACAGUGAGGGAUGGACGCCUCUCUACCAGGCAGCUUUAGCCGGUAACCAAGAAAUCACCAAGAUAAUACUGGAAGGUCACGCUGAUGUGAAUAUCCAAACAAAAAAUGGAAACAGUGUCCUGCAUGCCGGGGCGAUGGGAAAUAGUUCGGCAGUAGUAAACACGUUAUUGUCAGCAGGUUCUGAUGUGAACAAAUCCAACUCGAAUAAUGAGCAUGCCCUGUUUGCAGCAAUCACUUGCAGAAGUAACAUACAGAUUGUAAAUGCCCUUAUCAAAUCUGGAAGUGACGUUGAUUUGAAGGAGAAGAAGUUACACUGUUCUGUCCUUCAUCAGGCUAUCAUACAGCACUACACAGAGGCAGCUUUACUUUUGAUAGAGUCUGGGUGUAAUAUUAAUGCUGUCACUGCCAAGCUGCAGACUCCUCUGUAUACAGCUGCUGAGAAAGGCAAUGAGACCGUGACAGAGAAGCUUAUCAGCAUGCCAAAGUGUCUGCUUAAUGGCACCAAGCAUUCAACAGUUCCCCUUCAUGUCGCUGUCACCAACAACCACUCCAAGGUAGCCAAGAUCCUCAUCAAGGCUGGCUGUAACAUCAACCAGAUGAAUGAAAAGUGCAUGACCCCAAUCAUGGCUGCCACUGAGGAGAACAAUGAAGAUGUUGCUAUGGUGCUACUGAGGUAUGGUUGUGACCUUAAUGGACAAGCCAAGGUCAGCAAGGUGUUACCUUGCUGUAUAGUGAGGGAAGACUUGCAUCCACAUUUUGACCUUGAACCUUUGUUUCUAGCCUUGACCCACAAGAAUGUUAAACUUCUAAUCACAUAUAUGAAGUUUUACUUCAAUAUUCCGUACAAACUGAUCAAGGUGCUGUCGGACAUCCUGAGGACAUCCAGGGACAUGAACACACAGUAUUCACCUGCUCAGAAAAAGACAAUACUGGCUGUAUUUGAUCAUACCAUGAAGCAUCCAAGAAAACUACAGGAAAUCUCCAGAGCUAUGAUUAGAGAAAAGUUGGGGAGUAGACCAGAGGUCAAACUGAAAGGUCUGACACUAGCAAGCAAGUUAAAAGAUUAUGUUUUGAUGUCGGAUGUUUUAGGUGAGGAGGAGGAGGAAGAAGAGCCAUCACAGGAAGAGAAAGAGAGAGGGAGGUUUGGUUUAGUGUUUGACUAGGUCAGUUAAUGUAAAAGGUCAUCCACUACAUACCAGGUACCCUGUACAAUGUAGACACUGCCAAGAUCUUCAACUGAUACGAGAAUAUGUGCAAUUUUGUUGCUUACAGGUUAAUUUUGUUUUUAUUUAUACCCUUAUAUUCUCAUGUUUUUUGUUUGUUUAAUACAUGUAUUUAUGUUUUCACCAGGUUGAAACCUGUACCUUGUUGUAAUGUUGUCAUUCUUUACAUUAUUUAUUACUGACCUUAAAUGGCCUUUAAUUAUACUCAGCAGCUGGCGAGUAAUACUUUCAUAUCUGCUAAAAAUGUACAGGUUUCGCCAUUUUUGCAGUUUUACAAGUCUUCCUGUAUGCCCGAGCCAUACUUUGGUGCAUGUCCCUGUGCUAACAGCAGUGCAAUACAGUUAAUCCAUCACUACCCAGUAUUAGACCGUGUUGGCUUACAUAUAUAUUUGUUAUUACCUGGUAGCUAUUUGCGGUGAAUUUGAUG